AUGGUGUUCAAGUUUACCAUAGACAACGUAUUGAACAAAUAUGUUCCGGCUAAUCGGCUCAACCGUCUUCCGCCAUGGAUUGGCCGGUUCCUUGGAGCUCAUCAGGCCCCUCCCAGACAUGACUACUAUAUUUGGCUCGAAACUCUCAUUGGUACCUUUUGUGGUCUCUCGCUAAUAGAGGGAAUCUUCAAGAGUCAUACAGCUUUCACAAGCCAUAAUGCUCCUAUGAUAAUUGCUAGUUAUGGAGCGCUGGCAAUUCUCUGCUUCAAUGCUUCGCAGGCUCCUUUGGCCCAGCCUAGAAGCGUCUUUAUGGGUCAUUUUUUGUCGUCAUUGGUAGGUAUUUGUAUCCAGAAGUUGUUUCUGUUGAGUGCUGGUGGCCGGGAGCACUACUGGGCUAGCGGUUCACUCAGUGUAGCUGUUGCUUCUGUCCUCAUGUCGAUCUGCAACUGUGUGCAUCCUCCAGCAGGUGCCUCAGCACUCUUGCCCUCUCUUGACGAUCAGAUUCGAAGCAUGAGCUGGUGGUAUUUGCCAGUGCAGAUCAUAUCGUCGUUGUUGAUUAUAACCGUCGCAUUAAUCACGGGAAAUAUUGUGAGGUCGUAUCCCGUUUACUGGUGGACUCCUGCUCCUCUACCAGUACCCAAGCCAACGCUGACUCCACUAGAGAAAUCAGAGAUGGAGACUACAGCCGAUGCCCCAAGUUCCAGUAUCACCUAUGUUCCCCUGUUGGCAACGAUCCAGAUUGCGCACGAUUCGGUGUUGGUGCCAGAGGAACUUGAUCUUAUGGAGGUGGAAGUAGAAUGGCUCGAUUCGCUCCGGAUGAAAUUGCAAAGACUCCAUGCCACCCCAUCGCAACAAGUGUGA